GAGUAGGUGUUCAGGUUAUGGGCUGGAUAGGAAUAUAUGUGGCCCAAAACUCCAGAGCCUCUCUCUUCAGAGGAGACUUACCUUCAAUCACAUAUAUACACUGUCUGUGGAAGCAUAAGCAUUUCUAUCCAUUUUUGUGUGGAAAAGGAUCUUCCUUCUGGAACUACCCUUUUCUGCUUGAAGCUGUAACACUCAGCAUUGUUUAUUGCUAUAGACAGACUGUGAAGUGGACAUCAAUAUAAGGAAAAUUUCUUUUUAAUAUGCUGUCACAUUCACUCCAAGUUCUAAUUUCAUGGCUGAAAGCUGAGUUAUAGCAGUGAACAGAUGUCUAAAGGAUUAUUUCUUUAAUGAAUCGUUUGAUGCUUGUACUUCUUUGAAUGUUUUCUGCUACUGUAGGACUAUAUUUUCUUCCUGUAACACUUAUUAUCAGAAGGAAGGUCAAAAAUCCAAGGAAAAAUUGAUGGUUGGCUAAGGAAGGGCAAGGUACAAAGAGUCACUAAAAGUGAUCAACAGCAAGGUCUCCACAGAAGCGAGAAGGUGGAUGUUUCUUGUUCUUUAGGUUGGAAAAGCUGUGUUAGUGAUGAAUUGUGAAGAUAGAGCUUGUUCUUAUAUGUUCAGCAAGAUUCAUUGUUAACAUAGAAAGCACUAAAAGGCAGUAUAAACUGGGCAGUAUGUGUCAGGAAAAGCUAAUUCUGAGCUUUUUUGUUUCUUGCAAGUGAUGGGAAUUGCAUAAUGCAUAUUUGUGUAGAGGAAGUCAGAGUACAGAAAUUUUGGAUGAAGAUGGUCGUGUUACAAUGCAUGUGAAGAAAACUUGUUUAGUAUUAUAACAUGUUUUUUAGUCUUAUUCUAUAUAUUCCUAUUCAUCCAUUUUUCCUUCUGGCCUCUUCUCUAAACUUUAAACUACUCUUGUACCUUUUCCUAAUCAAUUAUACUUGUGCAAAGUUCACAGAAAUGAGUCAGAUGACUUCACAUGUUGUAAUUUGUAUGUGGAGGUAGCUAAGGAAGAGAGAAAUCUUUCACUGUGAUUUUGUUGAUGUCAUGUUUUUAGUGACUCUUGCCUCCACAGGGCUGCUCUCCAGAAGCAACACUCAAUGAGCAUUUUUUGAAAUCUUUUCUUAAAUCUUUAUUACAGAGAUAGAGAUGUAAAUCAGUCCCACCAGGAGACUUAAGUCAACAAGCAGUACAAAAUGUUAUUGAAGUAAAAAUCUGGUGGUGGUGGCAGGGGUUGGAAAUAGUGGUAGGUUGAAGGUAAGGUCAAGACUAAGCUUUUUUUUAAUUCAAUUUUUAAUCACUUUCACUCUCGUAACUUGUAAGUUAUAUGGGACCUUGCCCAAGAUGAUGAAUCAGCCUAACAAAACAGGGUUUAAUGUGGCCCUUCUUUAGAAGAACAUAGAAGUGAUUACACCUUAGAUGUGAAAUGUGAUUUUUAUGUCCUGAAGCCUGAAAGACCUCUUUGAAUCAGCCCAGGAAAGACUGGGCUGCAAAAAUCUGCUCCAGUACCUGUUGUGUCAUGAAGUUCUAGCAGCUAAUCUAUCCUUUCUUCUCCUGAAAGUGUCUUCAGUGAAAAUGUGGUGGCUUCUGGAUUUUCACUGAUACUCAGUUGUAAAGUUUCAUUUUGAAAACUGCGUGUCUUACACCUCUCAUGAACUGUUAAAAAAGAUGUUUCUGUCAGUGACUCAAAAUGCAUAGAUGAAGAAAAUAUUACCUAUGGUGUGACAAGUUGAGAAUCUGCCCAGGUGGAAAGACAGACCACCACAAAAAACCAACCGAAUUGGAGGGUCAGUUCCAGUAGCGUCAUUUGAAUUGAUUUGGAUAAAUGUAUCAGAGGCAUUUAUUAUAAUGGCCUGAGUGCUUCCAGAUCAAUUGCCAGUCUCUGACUUCCAGGAUGUGAGCUUCUCUUCCAGGAUUUUCUGUAAAAAAAAACAAAACAGGGGUUUCUUGUAUCUGAAAAGAACCAAGUGUUCCAUGAGUGCUUGUAGGGGACCUAGUCAAGCUGUUGGUGAAACAAAAGCAAGGACAACUGCAUUUCAGAAGAGUGUUCUUAGCUCCAGAGUCUAGGUCUUUUUAAGGAUAGCAUAACUUUUGCUACUUCUCCAGAAAGUUGCAGAAUGGAACCAUUAAAAGCACUGUGAGAUUAGUUUGGGGAUGUGAAUACAAUGAGUGUAAACCAGCAAGCUCACACAGGGCCUCCUUACGGGCAACCUCAGCCUGGAUAUCAGGGAUACCAGCAGCCUGCCUACGGAGGACAGCCAUUGCCAGGGGUUCCUCAGUCGCAAUAUGGAGCUUAUAAUGGUCCGAUGCCAGGAUAUCAACAGCCAGUCCCUCCACAAGGUUACUUUCCUUCCUUGGGGUUCCCUUCGAAGGGCUCUCCUGUAUCUCUCAACUCUGACACUUCUUCUCUUGCACCUAAUUUCAUAGGUUCAUUAAGAGCCCCUCCAACAUCUGGAGCUCCCCCUCCAGCCUCUGGGGCAUCUCUUCCUUCUGGCCACCUGGCAUACAGUCAGUUUGGACAUGGAGAUGUGCAGAAUGGGAUUCCAGCCUCAGCAGCCCCGAUGCAGAGGCCACCUGCUUCUCAGCCGUUUCUGCCAGGCUCAGCACCCACGCCUGUCAGCCAGACAGCUACGUUCCAGCAAUACGGUCCACCCCCAGCAAGUGUACAGCAGCUCAGCAAUCACAUGGCAGGGAUGACAAUUGGCAGUACUACAGCCUCUGCUCCUCCCCCAGCUGGACUGGGCUAUGGUCCCUCAACAUCGGUUCCCCCAGUCUCAGGAAGCUUUAGUGCAACAGGAUCUGGUCUCUACACACCUUACACUGCGAGCCAAGGACCCUCUCCUACCAGUGUGUCUCAGGGUCUUCCUUUGGCACAGCCCCUGUUUCCUGGUCAACCAAUGUCAACUCAACGCCUACCUACUCAAGUCCCUGGUUUUGUCCCACCUCCCUCUUCUGCAGGGAUUGGACCUUCCUCUUACCCUCCUAGCACAGGUGCCCCAAGGCCACCUACCAUGCCAGGCCCACCACUGCCUGGGCAGACAGUUGCUGGACCACCAACGUCCCAGCCUAAUCAUGUAUCCUCACCACCACCUCCAUCAACUAUGUCAGGGCCGCACCCUGGGCCUCCCAUGAGUGGCCUCCAUGGACCACCUCCUCCCACUCAUCCUCCUCAGCCAGGAUACCAAAUGCAGCAGAACGGUUCCUUUGGGCAGGUGAGGAGUCCCCAACCAAACUAUGGAGGAGCCUAUCCAGGAACACCAAAUUAUGGAAGUCAACCUGGACCACCACCUCCACCAAAACGCUUGGAUCCAGAUUCCAUUCCAAGCCCUCAACUUAAUGAGCUGCCACCUCAGCAGAAACCCAGGCACAGAAUAGACCCAGAUGCAAUUCCUAGUCCAAUUCAAGUGAUUGAAGAUGACAGAAGUAACCGUGGGUCAGAACCAUUUGUCACUGGAGUGAGAGGGCAGGUCCCACCUCUUGUUACUACGAAUUUCUUGGUCAAGGAUCAAGGUAACGCAAGCCCCCGCUACAUAAGAUGCACAUCUUACAAUAUUCCCUGCACCUCAGAUAUGGCCAAACAGUCCCAAGUUCCCCUAGCUGCUGUCAUAAAACCGCUGGCUACUCUACCCCCAGAGGAGACCCUUCCUUAUUUGGUAGACCAUGGAGAAUCCGGUCCUGUCCGAUGUAAUAGGUGCAAGGCUUAUAUGUGCCCUUUUAUGCAAUUCAUUGAGGGUGGAAGGAGGUUCCAGUGUUGUUUCUGCAGCUGUGUCACUGAGGUGCCACCUCACUACUUCCAGCAUUUGGAUCAUACUGGAAAGCGAGUAGACUUCUAUGACCGACCUGAGUUAUCGCUGGGGUCUUAUGAGUUUCUAGCAACAGUGGACUAUUGCAAGAAUAACAAGUUUCCCAGUCCACCUGCUUUCAUAUUCAUGAUUGAUGUGUCUUACAAUGCUGUGAAGAGUGGCUUAGUGAGGCUAAUAUGUGAAGAAUUAAAGUCACUCCUAGAUUACCUGCCCAGGGAAGGCAACAUGGAAGAAUCAGCCAUUCGAGUGGGCUUUGUCACCUACAACAAAGUGUUACACUUCUAUAACGUGAAGAGCUCAUUGGCACAGCCACAAAUGAUGGUUGUCUCAGAUGUGGCAGAUAUGUUUGUGCCACUCCUUGAUGGUUUUCUGGUGAAUGUGAACGAGUCCAGGACAGUUAUUGCCAGUUUGUUGGAUCAGAUUCCAGAAAUGUUUGCAGACACAAGAGAAACAGAAACUGUUUUUGCACCUGUGAUUCAAGCAGGGCUGGAGGCGCUGAAGGCAGCUGAGUGUGCUGGCAAGCUCUUCAUUUUCCAUACCUCUCUGCCCAUUGCAGAGGCCCCAGGGAAGUUAAAGAACAGGGAUGACAAGAAACUGAUCAACACAGAUAAGGAGAAGACUUUGUUUCAACCACAGACAAGCUUUUACAACAACUUGGCCAAGGACUGUGUGGCCCAGGGCUGCUGUGUGGAUUUGUUCCUGUUUCCAAACCAGUAUUUGGAUGUGGCGACACUAGGUGUAGUAACUUACCAGACAGGAGGCUCUAUUUAUAAGUAUGCUUAUUUCCAGCUGGAGACAGACCAGGAUAGGUUCCUGAAUGACUUGAGAAGAGAUGUCCAGAAAGAAGUGGGAUUUGAUGCUGUAAUGAGAGUGCGCACAAGCACAGGUAUUCGAGCAACUGACUUUUUUGGAGCUUUCUAUAUGAGCAACACAACUGAUGUAGAGAUGGCAGGUUUAGACUGUGAUAAAACAAUCACAGUUGAAUUCAAGCACGAUGACAAACUGAGUGAAGAUAGUGGUGCACUCCUUCAGUGUGCUCUGUUAUACACAAGCUGCGCGGGACAGCGACGACUCCGCAUUCACAACCUCUCCUUAAACUGUUGCACACAGCUUGCUGACCUCUACCGAAACUGUGAGACAGACACUCUCAUCAAUUACUUGGCUAAAUAUGCAUAUCGUGGCGUUCUGAGUAGUCCAGUAAAGACUGUACGAGAUGCACUGAUCAACCAGUGUGCCCAGAUCCUAGCUUGCUAUCGAAAGAACUGUGCUAGUCCCUCUUCUGCUGGCCAGCUGAUCCUCCCUGAAUGCAUGAAGCUGCUUCCUGUGUACUUGAAUUGUGUGUUGAAGAGUGAUGUCCUUCAGCCUGGUCCGGAGGUCACAACGGAUGACCGUGCCUACAUUCGUCAGUUAGUCACAUCCAUGGAUGUGGCAGAAACAAAUGUUUUCUUUUAUCCCAGGCUUUUGCCCCUGACCAAAGCAGAUGUCGACAGUGACUCCUUGCCAGCAGCAAUCCGGAACUCAGAGGAACGUCUCUCCAAGGGUGACAUAUACCUGCUGGAGAAUGGGCUAAACAUCUUUGUGUGGGUGGGAGUCAACGUGCAGCAAGGCCUGAUCCAGAACCUCUUUGGAGUGUCAUCCUUUGGUCAGAUUAGCAGCGCCUUGAGUACCCUGCCUGUCUUGGAAAACGCCUUUUCGAAGAAAGUACGAUCUAUUGUUGACGUGCUUCAAGUGCAGAGAUCCCGCUACAUGAAGUUAAUAAUUGUGAAGCAAGAAGAUAAGCUGGAAAUGCUGUUCAAACACUUUCUAGUGGAGGACAAGAGCCUAAGUGGGGGAGCUUCAUAUGUGGACUUCCUGUGUCACAUGCACAAGGAGAUUCGGCAGCUACUGAGCUAGAGGAGGGAGUGAUGCUGGAACUCAGCAGUGACAUUUCAGUCUCCACUAACGACCUGAUCAGAAGGCCCAGCGCCCUCCAAAAGGACAACAUAGAAAUCUGUACAAUUCCAUAAUUUUUAAUACACAUUGCAUAAGCAGAAAUCCUUUCAACCUCUCCCAGUCCCGUAUGAGAGAUGAAAAAUUUUCCUGGUGAGGGCUAAAAAAAAAAAAAGGCCUUUGAUACCAGGUCUUUUACUUGCAUCUAAAUUGUUUCCUGUGCUUGGCAGGAGUUCACCCCCCCCCCCCCAUGCUCGCUAAUCCUGUCGUAAUGAAUGUAGUUUUUUUGGUUCACUGUACAUGAUUCAACAUUGGGUGAAAAAGCGAUAACUCUUCAAAACUUCUGGUAGUUGCUGUGUGUUUGUAUGGGCGCGUGUGCAUGCUCCAAGUGUGAAGAGGAUGUGCAGGUGGGGAGGACAAGAGGCAGGUCAGGUGAUGGGAGCUGGAGCAGCCAAACAUUUUCUGUCUCCUCUUAAGAAGGAAUCAUGACAUUGCAGAGCACAAAUGUAUCAUGUGGCUGCCUGAACCAGAAAUCCAUGAAAAAGGAAGAGAGUGGUAAGCCAGGAGGCAACAGGGCAAAUUUCUUUCCGCAGUCUUCCCUGUACUAUAAGCUGCUGUGCAGAUCUGUAAUGGAGUAAGUAGUAGUUCAGUGAGCAACAAUCAACAGCUUCUGAACAGCGUAGGGGUAGAGACAGUGCUUCCCGUUGGCGUGUGUGGUGACUCCUUUCCUUCUCAUUGCACAGCUCUGUAAUGUCCUACUCAAUCCAUGUUCCAUGGCCUCUCCUGCAGAGCUUACUUGUCUAUCCAGAUGGUGGUGGGAACAAAAGCCUCUUAACCUUAAGCAGAAAAUACUUUUAACAAGGUGAUGUGGGGCUGUCUAGGAACUGGAUGAUAAGCAAGUGGCCGUUUUCAACAAUAUUAUUGUGAAUCAUAGCAAACAAGCAGGAAUUUGAUUUAUACUGAUGCAAAUUUGAGACUGCUUUGUAUCCUGGAAUACAAGGAAGGGGAUACAAAAACUAAGAUUUAGACUGUACUGUAGUAGGUAUUGCAAGUACCUGAUUUCGCUUAUUGAAAGCAUCUGGGCCAUAGUGAAGAGUUUCAUUACUGGAUGUUUAUGCCCUCCCCCAUUCUAUCUACUGAUCAGCUUGCACAAAACCUUUUUAUAAGCCUGUUUGUUAAACUAAAAUACCUCAGACAGAUUAAUCCAUCCACUUUGGCCACUCUGCUGCUCUAUUCUGCAAGGGUGGAUGAGAAUACUCCUGUGAAGAGGGAGCGAGUGUAAAUCAAAUUCAGAAUUCUAAGGGCUUCGUUUAUUCACUUUUGAAAGGGGGCUCGUAUAUUUUAGCUUGAACGCUUAACAAGUGUUCUUACAAUACCCAGGAGUUUAAGCUACCAGUAGCACUAAAAGUGGAAGGAAGAAUGUGAGUGGAUUAGAGAACAUAUUAUCUGGGCUUGAUAUUUCAGAGGAAAGUCCUUGUUAAGAUCAGAAAAAUAUCUGGCUGUGGUUUUAGUUCCAUAUCCUGUAGCAUGUAUAUAAAUUCAUUUUUCGUCUAAUGCUGCUAGUUUGUCUUCCCUCCCAUCACUACACAGAAAGGGGAGUAUGAAAAUUAUAAUGGAGAAACUCUUUCAAGAUGUAGUUGACAGAACCUUCAGCUUUUUUGUAUGAAUGUGGCUGACUUUUUACUCCACGUACUGCCUCCAACCAAAAAAUCUAGAGGAUUUUUAACUAGAGGGGAAAAAGAACUUCCCAGGAAUAUAAGGCGCAGCAACCACAGACUUCCACAAAUACUAAUUUCUAGUAUUAAUAUUGGGGGGUGUGGGGGUGGAAAUGAAAUCAUAAAUGAACCUUUCAUUUUCUUCACUUGUUUUUCCAAUGCAUCUUUUAAUUUGUAAAGAAAUAAAAAUAUAUUAAGAUGUA